AUGCUUAGUGUUUCCGUUUUCAGAAUGUCAUCGUCGAGUUCAUCCUCAUCAUCGGCUAAGACGAAACGAUCUGCUCGACGUUGCCUUUUCGGUCGUGCCGAUCCGGCCCUCACUCAGCAAUGGCUCAACGAGCGGCUGGAAGAGAUUCGAGCCAGAGAGAAAGCCAAAUGGGGCUUUAACUUUUCCUGUGAAAUGCCUAUUCCUGGAACUUCUGAGUACGAGUUCACCCCAGUCGGGGAAGACAGUGUUCCUGAAUUCUACAGGACAAAGCACAUCUCGUCCAUUUCGUCUGCAUUGAGCUCGCCGACAAAGGAAAAUCAAGCCGAACUGUGCACAUCCGAUGAUUCGGACUCGUCGAUGAUGGACAUCACCAUGAGUCCAAUUACGCCUGCCAAGCGUGAACAUGCGACUCCAAAGAAACGUCAUGGCAAAGUUACCGACUACAUGGUCGUCCGUAAGAAACGCCUUCAGCACUCGCCAAAACGAUUGGACAUUGUACUGCCCGAAAGUGGUCGUCUAACGACUCGUGUCUGA